AUGGCUGCGCAGCCCCUCGCGCGCGCAGCAGCAGCAGCAGCGGCAGCAGCAGCAGCAGCAGCAGCAGCAGCAGCAGUUUGCGAGGGCAGCAAGCUGUGCUGCCGCAACACCCGGAUCAUCAACAGCAGCAGCAGCAGCAGCAGCAGCAGCAGUUCUCGGGAACGAGACUAUCAGCAGCGACAGAAGCUGCGCGAGGAUUUAGCUGUUCGUGCGCGCUUGCUGCCUCACCGCGUCGGCGUUAAGUUUGACCCCACAUGUCCGCGGUGGAUUGCACACUGGAAGCGAGACGGCCAGAGGUACUUUAAAUCAUUCUCAGUAGAAAAGAACGGCUUUGAUGCUGCUUGGCUCAUGGCUGUGCGCUGCAGACGAGCUAACUGCGAAGAUUAUCACUCUAAUAACAGCAAGCAUACCCAUCCUGCUGCAGCACCAGCAGCUGGUGCACCUGCUGCUGCUGCUGCUGCUGCUGCUGGUCCGCUUGGUCCUGCUGCUAUACCCGCUAAUUCACGGGCUGCAGCAGCAGAAACGCUGAAUGAUAUUAAAACCCUUUCUUCUUAUAGGCCACGAUCCAAGGCCUCCUCUGCUGCUGCAGCAGCUGCUGCUGCUGCAGCAGCAGCUGUACAUACACCGCAAAUUCCGCGGCCCCCGAGAGGUCAGAAACACCCGCAGCAGUUGAACGCUGCUGCAGCUGCUGCAGCAGCUGCAGCAGCUGCAGAUGCAGCAGCGCGGGUGCCGACGGAUGUCUCUAGGAUCAAAGAAGCACCUUCCGCAGCGGCAGCAGCAGCAGCAGCAGCAGCAUUAGCUGCUGCUGCUGCUGCUGCUGGGGCCCCUGAAGAUAAAGUAUGGAGGCCCGACGGUGCUGCUUGGCCCCGUAACAACGAGACGACAGACUACGACAGGGUCUUCACUCAGAAACCUAAAGUGGAGACCGGCAAGACAGCAGCAGCAGCAGCAGCAGCAGCAGCUGCUGCUGCUGCUGCUGCAGGUUGGGGGGUAGCAGAGUCGAGUGAAACUGACUUGCUAGAGAUGACCUCAACCACCCAGCAGCAGCAGCAGCUGCAGCAGCAACAGCAGCAGCUGCAGCAGCAGCUGCAACUGCAGCAGCAGCUGCUGCAAGACUGCCUGUCUUUGCAUGCGCAGUCUCAAUCUCCGUGUCCUGCAAAGAGGGGGCCCCCAUCGCUCGCCCCCUCGAAUAUCUUUUUAAAGUUAGCAAGACUUUGUAAGGAGAGACUACCACUUAGCGAUAUCUCUGAUGGUAUGGUCUCGCACCCACCAGCAGCAGCAGCAGCAGCAGCAGCAGCAACAGCAGCAGCAACAGCAGCAGCGGAUGAUUUAGCCUUGUCAAGCGCUAAAGCUGCUGCAGCUCUUGCUGCUGCUGCUGGACAGGACCCCGCAGAAGCAAGAGCUCUCUUGCUUGAGGCAGAGAUGUCUUUGAUGCGCCGCCUAUCAGGCAUGCUCAGCAGCGGCAGUAGCUGCACGAGCAGCAGCAGCAGCAGCAGCAGCGGCGGCAGCAGCAAGCCUCGCAGUAUACAGGAAAGAGAGAUGUUGGCUGCUGGAAGCGGCCAGCAUCUCUCUUCAGCUGAGGCAUCUUCGCGAGCGUUGCACGAUACGCUGCAGCAGCAGCUGCUGCUGCUGAACGGAGGCCUGUCAACAGAUGCAGCAGCUGCAGAGACACCUGAGCGUCUCUCGUCACUCCUCUUCGGUACCCCUACAACAGCAACUAGCUUGGGGUCUCCUGCCCUAUCUGUGUCUUUGAGCUUAGGAGGAGGAGGGGUGAAGCAGCAAAACCUUGCAGAGACCUCAGCUGAUGAUUGCCUUCAUCCGUCUGCAACAGCAGCAGCAGCAGCUGCUGCUGCUGCUGGUGCUGGUGCUGCUGCUGCUGCUGCUGGCGGCGAGUACAGUGAAGCUGCUGGUGUAGGGCUUCAACUGGGAGAGACUGAAGGUGAAGGUGCUUUGACACGCAGCUCCGAAGAAAGGAGACACUCGAGUUCGUCUGUCUCCUCGUUUGCAAUAUUUUCAAGCCCGCGACCUGAGGAGACACCGCGAGGAGCGUCUCUGUCUUGUGCAGGCCGCGCUUCAUCUAUGUUGACCUUCAGCAGCAACGAGAGUGGAGGAGACAGGAAUAUAGCUGUCUCUGUGUCAGACCCAGUAGAGAGGUCUGAGGAGACCCGAGGAGACAAAUGUUUAUUGCUAGAGGCCCCGGGGGAGACAGCUAAGAAAGCAUCUUUAAAAGAAGAAGAUGAAGACAGCGACAGGCUAAAUAUAAUAAAGUCAGCUGUAUGCGCAUUAUUGAGGGAUCUAAGAGAUGUCUGUCUCCUUAGUUGGGUGCCGUACUAUGUACUAGAACCAGAUGAAGAGUUUGCUUGUCUAUCGAGAUGUUUAUCUCUAGCUGAGAGCUGCAGAAGUGAAGAAGAAUUAAGGCCGUUUACCUCUGCUUUUGCUGCUCUAAUAGCUCAGAAGACUCUCCCGAGUAGCCUGCCUCUUGUGCAGCAGAAAGAUCUGUUCAAACGUAUGGUUAGAGCUGUAAGUCUGGUUGUAGUAUGA